GCCCCCGCAUGACGUACGUGCACCACCCGGUGUCAGCAAGAUGGUGGUCGUUCCAAAAGUAAUCGGUGAUUAGAUAUGGAUUUUGUAGAUAUUCCUCACUAAAUGUGCUUAGUUAUUCUGUGAAUUUGCAAGUGUGUGAUUGUUGUGAGUGUUCUGCAUCGACUAAACCAGUGCCUGUCACACCUUAAGGAUGUCUUCUGACGAGGAGAAGCCUCCGGCGCCCCCCGUGCGCCUCACCUCCAACCGGGGCACCGACAUCCUCUCCAACUCGCUGGCGAUGGACCGGCCCCUGCCCAAGGAGCCCGACGACGCCGACCGCAAGAAGAAGAACCUCAAGUCGAAGAAAGCGAGCAAAUUGUCCACGUACACCUCCGACAAGCCCAACAUCUCCUAUCCCACCAACUUCGAGCACACGGUCCAUGUGGGCUUCGACCCCGUCUCCGGAGAGUUCACGCUGCCACUCAAAGGAAUGCCGGAAGCAUGGUCUCGACUGUUAAUGAACUCCAACAUCAGCAAACAGGAACAAAAGAACAACCCCCAGGCCGUUCUCGAUGUUCUCACUUGGUUUGAUAAUACAACAAAAGAACCGCCAAACACUAAAUACAUGACGAAAACCACAACAGCAACACAUUCAGGUUCGUCAUUGAGCCGCGUUUCCAGUUCGAGUCCGAGCAGCACAACGCCGACGGAGGCCGAAGGGGGCUCACAUUCCUACCACAGUCCAGCGCACGCCGCCAGUUCCGAAAUCGAAGACGAAGCGCCUCCGCCACCUAUCGCCAGUCGCCCCGAACGCACCAAAAGCAUUUACACAAAACCAAUCGAAGAGGUUCAGAUAACAAAUAACAGCGUCGGGACGCCGACCCACAGCCUGAGUCCGGCCCAUACGACGCCGACACAUGGAGCCAACGCGAAUUCGACGCCGCCGGCGCCCAUCCUCGAUCGAAACAAGAACCAAGCCGGUCCUGAAAUGUCAAGAGCAGCGUCGGAAAAACGAAAGAAAAAAAUGAGCGAUGAAGAAAUCUUGGAAAAAUUGAGAAGUAUUGUUUCGGUCGGUGAUCCAAUCAGAAAAUACACCAAAAUCGAUAAGAUUGGUCAAGGUGCUUCGGGAACUGUUUACACGGCGAUGGAAACGUCCACAGGUGUAGAAGUUGCCAUCAAACAAAUGAAUUUAUCACAACAGCCUAAGAAAGAACUGAUUAUCAAUGAGAUUCUAGUCAUGCGAGAAAACAAACACGGAAAUGUAGUGAAUUAUCUAGACAGUUAUCUUGUGAACGAGGAACUCUGGGUUGUGAUGGAAUAUUUACCAGGCGGUUCACUGACUGACGUAGUAACGGAGACGUGCAUGGACGAGGGUCAAAUCGCGGCUGUGUGUCGAGAAGUCCUUCAAGCGCUCGACUUUCUCCAUUCAAACCAAGUCAUCCAUAGGGACAUUAAAUCGGACAAUAUUCUCCUCGGACUUGACGGCUCCGUCAAAUUAACUGAUUUCGGUUUCUGUGCUCAAAUAAGUCCCGAACAAUCAAAAAGAACGACGAUGGUGGGGACGCCUUAUUGGAUGGCGCCGGAAGUCGUCACGCGGAAGCAAUACGGCCCUAAGGUCGAUGUGUGGUCGUUGGGCAUCAUGGCGAUCGAAAUGAUCGAAGGUGAGCCGCCGUAUUUGAACGAAAAUCCGCUGAGGGCGCUGUAUUUGAUUGCAACCAACGGCAAACCCGAUAUUAAAGAUAAGGAGAAGUUGUCGCCCUCCUUUCAAGAUUUUCUAGACCAAUGUUUGGCUGUGGAAGUCGACAAAAGGGCGUCGGCGCGCGAUUUAUUAAAACAUCCCUUCUUAAAGUUGGCACGACCGUUGGCCAGCCUGACGCCGCUCAUUUUGGCGGCGAAAGAAGCGGCAAAACAACACUAGCGAUAAGUUUCAGGCUUUUGUCCUGUUCGUUAUCAAUUUUCUUUUGUAUUAUAUAUACGUGAGAGACUAUAUUCCCAUGUUACUAGAAAUGCAUUCGAUUUUUUUAAAACAAUAAUGUAACAUAAUCGUAUAUUUUAUUAUUUUAGCUUGCAGUUCUAGUUAUAUGGGUCGUAUUUUAUUAGGGACGUAAGCAUUUAAUAGAGGUCUGAUGUUCGUAUAAGUGACAGGAGACGUGUGCCUAAUUUCACAACAAUAACGCUGCGUAGGGAUUUUUCGUUUCGUUGUCACUAGCUUCUUUUUAUGCUUUUGCGCUUGAUUGAUCGAAAAUGCGAUUUUUUGUAGCUACAGGGUAGUUCCUGUUUUCGGUUUUAUUCCUCUAUAAAUUCUAUGACCAGUCUUUGUAUUAAAAAAGUAUCAUUUUAUAAUCGAAAUUAUUUAUUAUUUUGUUAACGUUUUAGUUUCAUCUAUAUUUUGUUAAGAAGAAAAACUUGUAAAGAAAUACUAGGAAAAGCUAUAUUGUAAAACAAACGCCUGUCAAAGGUCUAUAUAGAUGAAGAAUGAGUGUUAGUCUGGAUGAUUUAACUAGUUAUAGUAUUUUUGCACUAGUAUUUAUCAAAGAAAAAUUCAUAUUGUGAUUGCCAAGGUAUAUUCGAAGGCAUAUUGUUGCCAAUGAAAGAUUGUGUAUGGUAAUUAAAAUAAAAUCAUUUUAUAAUUA